CACAAAGAAACGCGACAGCAAAUAUUAUAUUCUGUUCUAAAUCAGCAACAACAGUAGAUUGUGUCCUGAGACGGUUCGCCGGACAGGAGAUGGAUGGCCAGCGUGCAGUUCUUGUACAGAAGCAAGAUGCCGGCAGGGGAGAGGCCGAAGGUCUUACUCAGCAGAAAGUUUGGAGCUGCAGCCAGGACCAGGAGGAACCAGAACCUCUGAACAUUAAAGAGGAAGAUGAGGAGGAAGAAGUCUCCCACUUACCUUUUGAUAUUGUUGUUGUAAAAAUUGGUGACAAUGAUGAUGAAGCUGAAAGAGAAGAGGAGCCUUCACAUAGCAUCUCAACUCAGUACAUGAAUCAGAAGAAAUCAGAAGUAAAUGGAGGCAACUGUGCAGGACCACAAUCGGAGAGAGGCCUGGAUGCAGGUCUUCAGUCUGACCGGCAGGGGUCACUGUCACCGGAAUGUGAUACCGAUGACAGUGGAGAAUGGAGGGAAGCCAGAAACUCUCACUCAGGCUGCAUCUCUGUAGAUGAUGCAGAAAUGUCUGACAAUGACAAGAGAGACAAUGACAAAUCACUAACCUGCAGCGGAUGUGGUAAGAAAUGUUCAUCAGACGAUGAGCUGACUCUGCAUAAAGAAUCCUGCAAAGUGGGGAAAAUAUUUUCCUGUUCAUUUUGUGGAAAAAACUUCACAAGAAAGGGAGCUUUAAAAGAACACCUGAUGAUUCACACUGGAGAAAAACCAUUCUUCUGUUUAGAGUGUGGGAAAAGCUUCAUUCACAGUGGCAAACUGAAGAUCCACAUGAGAACUCACACAGGAGAGAAACCAUUUUGCUGCUCAGAAUGUGGAAAGUGUUUUAUCGAGCGAGGGGAUCUGAAGACUCACACCAGAAUCCACACUGGAGAAAAGCCUUUCUGCUGCUCAGAGUGUAGUAAAUGUUUUAAGCAGAGUGUACAUCUGAAAUCGCACAUGAGGAUUCACACAGGCGAGAAACCGUUUCGCUGCUCAGAAUGCGAGAAAUGUUACAGUCAGAGACAGCAUCUUACCAGACACAUGAGGAGUCACACAGGGGAGAAACCCUUCCGCUGUGUGAAAUGUGGUAAGUGUUACAUACAGAAAGCAGAUCUGGAGACUCACACAAGAAUUCACACUGGAGAAAAACCGUUUUGUUGCUCAGUGUGUGGAAAGUGUUUCAAGCAGAGAGGUCAUCUGAAGAGACACCUGAGUCACCACACUGGAGAGGAACCUGUGGGAAAAGCUUUACUUCAGCAGCACAUGUAAUGAGAUACAAGACAUUCAGACAUUUCGGACAGUAUAUGUUGAUUUUGCUGCUGAAAUGUAUGACUUGAACUCCAAAAAUGCUAGUAUUAGCAUAAAUGAUGACGUCUACCCAUAAGUGAUUUUGCCUUAAGUGUUCCUAUUACAAUAAAAUCCCAUAAUACAUCUGUUAUGUCUUGCAGCAUCAUAAUAGUUAUAAUCUGCACAAAUAAAUUAUGAAUUAACCUGAUAAUAUGAGCCAAAUUGUGUUCAAUAUUACAACAGCUGUGGACUGUUUUUUCAAACACCUGAACCACAUUUGCAUGGUAUUGACUGCUGUGGAUUAUUAUGACGCUCCAAAAGCCUGAGAAGCCCCAGUUAAGUUGAAACUGUUGUGUACGCUGUUACUGGUCAAAAUGUUACAUUUGUCUCCAAAUGUUAUGUCAGAUUUUAUUUUUCUGAUGUUAUCCAUCGCACCUUUCUGAAGAUAUCUGAUUUUUUUCCUGUCUGUUGUUGCUUUUUUUCAAUCUCAACUAUCACAAAAUAUUCAAGAAAAUACACCUUUCCAGUAUUUCAUUCAGCAAGUAUUGUGUGGGUUUAAAAAUCUGAAUGAAAACUUUGAAUAAAAAAAUAAAGAUGAAUCCCAGCAGAACAUUUGACUCGAUACAUGUGUUUGAAUUAAUACAAAUUUAGAAUUAUAUACAGGUUCAUAUGGUGAGUUACAGAA